AUGUCUAGUCCCAAGGGAAGAGCGAGCCUCGCCACACUACCGGCCGAGAUAUUUGUGAGCAUUCUGCAGCUGAUUGACGACCAAAAGACAUUCAAAGCGCUGCGGCACGUCAAGACAAACCAUGGCGACCUCAUCGCAUCCCACGUCUUCCGCAACAUCUCAAUCUCAAUCCUGAGAUCGAGCCACCACCGCUUCACCAGCAUCGCCUCGCGCCAUCACCUUGCGCGGCACGUCAAGACCAUAACCUGGUACGACCUGCCGGACAUAAACUACGUGCACUUGUUCCAACCACAGACGCUUGAGCGACCGAGAGCGGGCGAGCACCAUGUUAUAGCAGAGGGAUAUCGCGAGCACGAGCGGACCCGUGCCGAGAUCGUCCGCGCGUGCUGGAUGACGGUGCCGCGCGGCGGCGACACUCGAAAGGAACACCGGGCAUACAUGAGUGCAGUCUUUGAGUACUUCUGCGAGUGGUUUGUGCCGGCGGUUGCCGCCAUGCCGCUGCUCGAGAACUUUGCAAGCGCACGCGCAGAUCCGGGCACCGAGCUCUGUGUCGACCCGCGCGACGGCUCCAAGCUGACCGUAGGGGACAUCAGGCAAGAACUCGUAGACCACCACAUGCGGGUCGAGUGGCGGCCGAGGGCGAUGGACGUAUCCGGGAAGCUAUACAGAAUGUUCUCGGAAUUCAUCACCUCGACCAUUGGGCGAGCCGUGUGCGCCCGGCAUGCAUCAUCAGCUUGUCCCCGUCCACGUGCGUACGCCAAGAUCGAGUCCAGGGUGCACGGCCGGAUCCGAACAUGGCCAGAGGAUUUCUCCGUCCUCUUCGAGCCCAUCCGGCGGGAUUGCCUCCAGGGAAUCCACACGCUGCAGCUCUCGCUCGACCGCAUCGAUGAGACGACCAUGGCCCAGCUGAUGCUCGCGUUAUCAGCCACAACAACGCUCGGCAGUCUCGCAAUAGGCGCGGCGAGACACCCAGGUCCACCGACAGCGCCUAAUCGGGGAGUGGCUGUCAAUGUCGGUGCUGUCUUUCUCGACCACUGUCAGAGGCACGAGGGGUUGCCGCCCGCCGUCAAGGCGCUACAGCUCAUUACCCUCGACUUCUCACUCGAGCAGCUUGCGAGCUUUGUCGAAGCCCACAGCGGCAGACUGGACUGGCUGCGUCUCACCCAGUGCUCUGUUGACGCCGGACAAGUGGCCACAAUGAUCCAGCAGGCUGCCCCAGGCUUUGACGCGCUUGACAUCUUCGUGUCAGACUUGACCUGGUUCACAUCUGGCAUGCAGCGCUUCCAGGCCCCCAACACGACUACUUUCCGUGGCUGCCACAGCAGCAGCAGCCGCCGCGCCCAGACUGUGCUCCGUGAUUCCGCCGCGGAGCGCGUGCCGCCGCGAGUGGUAGAGGGGGGCCCUCAUGGAAUCAGAACGUUAGAGCAGGUACAGGAGCCUGAUGAACGCCGCCCCGAGGGCACAGACAUCCAGCUGCACAGUCAGGUGAUAAGCCUGUAUGCGCGCCCAUAUCGGUUCUCCAUCGAGGCGCACAAGCACCGCUGGAUGUGGGGGAGGGUGGACGCCCGCGGACCUGUAUAUUACUGGUCCGCAACAGAGGAGCACCUGGGAGAGCCGACUUCAACGUGGAAGUUCACACAUGGGGCUAGCGGGGAGACGAGGUAUGGCGACGAUCCUCGCGUGUUCUGGGACGACUGGGACGAGGACAUGUCCGGGAAUAUUGCUGAGCCAACGCCUUUUGGGGCAGUCUUUGAGAAGGUUGUAAAGAACGAGUGGGCGGGAUGGAACUGGCUGUUCAGUGAGGGCAAGACUAUCCCUGCAGAGGCAAUUGUGUCCAGGGAAGAAGUUCAGGCUGAGCUCGUGCGCCAGGGAGUGUGGCGCAGGGCGCCGAACUCGGGAGUCAUAUUGAGCAGAAGCAGCACCUACGGCGAGUAUUUCAAGGAGUAUUUUGGGCAGCCUGCAUCAUCAGAUUCCUGUGCUCUGUGCGGUGUGAUCCUCGAGGCUCUUGCGAUCGAACUCAGCAGCGCGGACUAUGCCGGGCUCACGGCGCAGGAUCUGAAUGCUGCCGUGAUCAGGGUUUCUGACUAUCUCUGGCACUGGCAGAUCGGGCGGGCAGACAGAGAUCCGGCCUCAAUCGCGUUCUACCCAGUCAGGGUCGAUUUAGAAUUCGGCUCGCAUUACCAUCAGCUCAUCACCCAUCUAACUGUAGCUUUCUACGAGGUCGAUGCGUAUGUGUCGGCGGUCCCAGAAAUAUGGACAACACCGGCCGCCACCACUGGCGUGCAGCAGAAGCACGCACUCGCCAGGCGCUGGCUAGAAGGCUGUGAGAGAGAUCACGCCCGCUGUAACCAGCAGUUCAAGGAACCAGCACGGGAAUCGCUGCCGAAACGCCUCAUCCGGCUGUCUGGUCCGCGCGAAUCUGCCGGCCAUCAUCAUGACCGAACCCGCCUCGUGGAGAGCGCCUCCGAGCCCGCGGGCAGCGGCGUGACGAGGUACGCUGCCCUGAGCCACUGCUGGGGAGGCCGCGUGCCAAUGACGACCGUCCGGGCCAACCUCGACCAGCACAUGCAGCAGAUCAGCGAGAGCGAGAGCGAGGCGCCCCGGACCUUCCGCGAGGCCUUUGCCCUCUGCCGCAGCCUCGGGAUUUCGUACAUCUGGAUCGACAGCCUAUGCAUCGUGCAAGACGACGCCGAGGACUGGCGGGCGGAGGCUGCGCGCAUGAAGGACGUCUAUUCCAACGCCUUGCUCACGAUCGCCGCAUCGAGUGCGGCAUCGUGCAAUCAGGGGCUAUUUAUCGACGGAGAGCGCCCUCCUGCUGCCAGUGGGGAAUCUGGAUCUGGAUCUGGAUCCCGCGACGAGAUGGACCGGGUGGACCGCGUGUAUCGCUUCACGGCCAGAACCGCAGGAACAAAAGCCCUCGGCGUCCGGGCCUACCCACACGCGCUCGGCCACACCACGGCGCGGAGCAUCCUGAGCACGCGCGGCUGGGCCCUCCAGGAACAGGUCCUCUCUCGACGCAUCGUGCACUGCAGCUUCCCGGAGAUGCACUGGCAGUGCGGCCAGGCGUACUUGACGGAAGCCGGGGUUGACGUGUCCGGCCCGCCCUUUGUGGAAUCUUUCUUCACUCGGACCUUUGCGCAGGUGCACCUCACUGAUCAUCUGGACGGGCCCGUCAAGGGUGACGCCAACCUUGCUUAUAAUGCCUGGCGCGGGUGGACGUGGCAGUACUGCCGGCUCCAGUUCGCCUUUCCUUCAGACAAGCUUGCCGCGCUGGCGGGUAUUGUCCAGCGCAUGGCGGAAGCGAGUGGCUAUACGCACCUGCUGGGCUGCUGGAAGGAGACCAUCGCGGCGGAUCUCGCCUGGGUGGGAGAGUCCGCACAAGACGACGACUCGCAGGUGAUACCGGGCAUUCCGUCCUGGUCAUGGAUUUCGAGAUGCGACCGGAUUAUAACUCCGAUAUCAAGCUCGAGAUCAUGCGGCACAGUCACGAACUGCGCACGCCUGCACAGCUGGGAUAUCGAGUGGCAAGCCCAGCCUCUGGUCUCGGAGCUGCGGCGAGCACAUCUCAUGCUUUGCGGGCCGGUAAAGGGUUUAUUCCUCACGUCCCGCCAAGGUCUGGCUCCCUUGACUUCUCGGCAUGGCGAUGAAAUGUACACGCAGGAGGAAGUACUCGAGGGAGGUUUGUAUACAUGUCUCCUGUUACAGACAUUUCACCCGCGGGGACCGGAGGAGCCCGGCGGCCCCUCAAAAACCUGGGAGCGGUUUUUGAUCUUGGAGGCUGUCGAUAGUGAGGGCAGGGAUGUGUCUUCCUCCGUUCCAUGUUAUCGGCGGGUCGGUCUGGGCGAGUCUCAAGGUCGACACCACUUUGACGACGCAGAGGAUACGAUCAUCAAGCUCGUCUGA